AUGGAACCGCCGCCACGUCCUUCGCUGCCCUCAGGUAGCUCGGCUUCAUUAUCUGGCUUCCAGUCCGCGUCUUCGCUCCCUCGCUCGUCUCAUGCCCCGUCUCUCAGCUCUAAUCGCAACGCGUCUGGCAACCUUCCUCCGACUCCCAAGCAGGCCGUGCCGCCCCCGACCGAGGUGGACAAGGGAGCGAACGUAUUGGGAACCGUCGCGUCUGCCUCUUCUAAGCCCGUGAACAGGCCCGCUGCGAGCAAGAAUGCGAUCGUGUACAGCGUACUUCAGCGACGAAACCCGAUCCUUCCUCUUAUCCGCAACGUGGGGCUUGAGAUCGGGGAUAUCGUGGUCGACUACCAGGUCGGGGCGCAUAACGGCGUGCUCUUCUUGAGCCUGAAGUAUCAUCGCCUGCACCCAGAGUACAUCCACACCCGUAUUGAGAAGAUGAGAAACGCCUACAACCUUCGCAUUUUGUUGGUUCUGUGUGACAUUAACGAGCAUCAGCAGCCCCUUCGCGAACUUAGCAAGGUCGCGGUCAUCAACGAAAUGACGAUUCUGGUGGCGUUCUCAAGCGAGGAGGCGGCACAGUAUUUGACAACACUCAAAGCCUAUGAACAUAAGUCGGCGGACACGCUGAAGGAAAAGGUGCAUCAGACCUACCCUUCACAGCUAGAACACGUCCUUACAAGUGGCCGCAAGGUCAACAAGUCGAAUGCAGAGGCCAUCGCAGCUCAGUUCGGGUCGUUCCACAACAUCGUCAGGCAAUCCAACCACUCACUCAGCGCCGUCAAAGGUCUGGGCAAGGUCAAAAUUGUCUCCCUCCUCGACGCAUUCAACAAGCCCUUCGUGGCAGGCCAGGGAGCGACCUCGCAAACACGUAUGGCGGUCACCACCCUGACGCAAAACGCGGAGUCCGAAGCUGUAGUCACGACAAAAGCCCCAGUGGACAAUGGUAUCCAACCCGCCCAAUCUCCAGACUUCCGGCCGCUAACCCCGCCGACGCCCACGCGGCCGCGAGACCAAGGGCCAAGCCGGUCACCAAGUUUAGAGCCAGAUGAUUCUACGCGUCAGCAGAGCGAUAGUGUGUGGCACGACCCACUCGACGACGACGACGACGACGACGACGAGACGGAGGAUGUGCGUAUUUCGAAGCGACAGCGCGUGUGA